AUACGGUCAUGUUGUCGGACCCCAAGGCCCUGCAGCAUGUGCUAGUGACCCACGCCUCCAACUACCCCCGACACCCCAUCAUUCGAUCAUAUUUGGGGGACAUUGUGAUGGGCGAGGGGCUUGUGAGCUCGGAAGGAGCCAAGCACGACGCCCAGCGCAAGAUGCUGAAUCCGCACUUCACUGCCGCCCAAGUCAAAGGGUUUGUCAAAGUGUUUGAGCAACUCGCCACGCGUUGCUGCGCCACUAUAUUGGAGGCAGCUGCCACAGCCCACACACGACUUGACAUGGCCUCAGUGCUGCAAACGCUGACGCUGGAGAUCAUUGGUCAAGUGGCGUUCGGUUUUGACUUUCACGAGCACCCGGAAGCGCUGGGCGCGUACCAGCAGCUGCAGCUGGCGCCCAGUCCGCUCCUGCUCAUCGGGAUGUUUUCCGUUCCCGGGUUUAUCCACUGGCCACUUCCACCUCUGCGACGCCGUCGGGCGGCGAAAAAUGUGCUCGCGACUGUCAUCUCGGACGUGAUCGAGCACAAGCUGGCCAGUGUCAACCCAAGCAGCCACGAUGACAACCACCAAGACCUGCUGGAUCGCAUCCUCACUGACCCAACCUCCACGACCAACCACGACGCGGUCACGCAUGUGAUGACGUUCAUGACCGCUGGACACGAAACCACCAGUUCAUCCCUGGCAUGGGUACUGGUGGAACUCGCAGCGAGACCUCUGGUCGUGGCCAGAAUUCGCCAGGAAGUGCACACUCUGACCAGCGUCUCAGACCAUGCGACGACGUCCCCACUUGCGACGUGGGAGGGCAUUCAUUCGCUCAAGUAUACGCAGGCCGUAAUCCAAGAAACCAUGCGACUGCACAGUGUGUUCUUUCAACUGGCGCGUCGAGUCGCUGAACAGGACGACAACGUUCCGUUAUGUGACGGGGCGACUUUGCCCCUGCCAAAGGGUACGUCGAUUAAUGUGUUGACGUCGGCCAUGCACUUGAACCCCAAGUCAUGGACAAACCCAACGGAGUUUACGCCGGAGAGAUUCAUGCAAGACACGCCGGAGUGGGCGGCAGACGCAACCCUCCGACAGUCGAAAUCCCACGCGUUCGUGUACAUGCCGUUCAGCAUCGGGAGCAAAAACUGCAUCGGCCACCGGUUUGCGAUCGCAGAGUUGCUCGUGAUCGUCGCCACGUUCGUCCAGAACUUUGACUUUGCACUCACGGACAAGGCCAACGUACGACACUUGUACAACGCCAUGACAGUCGUGCCGGCAAAUUUGGAAAUGACUGUCUCUCGGGUUUCGACUACUAGUUAA